GGAGGGAGAAGGAGAGAAAGAGAAGGAAGAAUACCAAGAUGUCAGCAUAGCGUAGGAACUUCAAUGGGGGAUCUUUAUAUUUAGCGGACUGUGUUUGCUGUGAGAGGGGGGUUUAGGGGGGAGAUGGUCGUCAGACGCCUGCCUCUACUUCCUGCCUACUUGCUGAAAGUACCUACUGUUUGUAAUCAGAUUGGCUCUGGUUCUUUUGCCUUCCAUGUCUUUUGCUUCUUGCGUGCUGUGGUCAUUUCCCUUUUCCCUUUCGCAGGGCCGCUUAUAUCACCUUUUGAGGGGUUUCCAGCUGGCACGCAGGAGAUGGGAGCGAGAAGGAGAAGGACACGGAGGGCGGGAAUUGGAGAAUGGAAGCCUUGCGCUUAUACAGGAUUUCUUUGCUUUGCAUGGCUGAUUAGCGUAGACUGUAUAGUCGUAGAUGUUGCUGCAGUAUUGUUGGUGUGUUUAUUGCUGGCGUGUGUGCAUGGACCCUCUCCCUCUCCUCCGCUGUGUGUCUCUGCCUUCAUUGCUUGCCUUUCCUCCCCUUUCCUUCCUGGCCACUCUCUCUCAACUCAGGCCCACGAACUGCUUCUUGCUCGCCUGUCCGCUUUGCAUUAGGACAUCGGACGCAGUGGUACUGCCACGGUACGGCGGAGCGUAAUGGGGUACACGCCCGUCGCAAGCGAGAUCGGGAGCGUGGCGCUGCUCGUGCUGUUCGUGGUGUUGUUCACCGCCGUGUAGCUGCCGGAAGUGUAAUUGCCGGCCGUAUAGUUGCCCGCGGUGUAAUUCCCAACAAGCA